AUGUUUUUUGAUGAUGGGGACGAAGACGAACCCUUGGUGCCCGCACGGCACACCCUGUUUCGGGGCCAGAAGCCGGUUCAGGAGUGGCUCAAGGAGCUGGAGCGCGUCAAGGAGGACGCGCUGGCGCACCCCAGCAAACCGAGGCUCACGCUUCAGGAUGUCGCCGACCGCGCCAUGGACUCUUCGUUCCGCGGCCGGCUGGUGCCCACCAGUCCCCGCUCCAUCGACGCCUGCCUGCGGCUGGGCAUAGACCCUGCCAGCCUGAGGCACAUCCCUCUGGAGGCCUAUGCCAAAUGGGAGAGGGACCCGGAGCUGGCGCGGCUGGCGUAUGAUUCGGAGGAGUCGCUGCGCCAGGCAAGAAUGACAGUGUAUGGCAGCGAGGCCGAGGGGAGGGACCCUGUUGUGUGUGGUGUUGGGCAGGAUGCCACGAUGGACAUGGUGGAGAGGGAGGCCAAGCGCCUGGAGGUCCUGCGCCGGCGGCAGGAGCGGGAGCUGCAGCAGAUGGUGGCGCACGAGGUGGCUCGCCGGGAGCAGGAGCAAAAGGCCAAGGCCAAGAUCGAGGCGCUGGAGCGGAGGACGGAGGAGCAGAGGAAGGCUCGGGAAGCGGCUGCGGAGGAGUGGAGUCGGCAGCAGAGGGACCGUGCCCUUGCCAAGAAGCAGGAAGAAGCUGAGAAGGAACGGCAGGACCGGGAACAGGAGGCUGCACGCCACGCACGUGAGGCGGCCGCUGCUGCAGCCGAGGAGGAGGAAGCUUUCAAGCGGCGCCAGAUGGGCUACCAGAAAGAACUUGAGCGGCUCGCAAAGGCCAAUGCUGCCCGAGCCGAGACCGAUCGCAUCCUCGCCGAGCAGGAGGCUGCGAUUGCGGCGCGGCGCGAGGCAAUCCAGCAGCGAGAGGCCCACAGGGAGGCGGCCAAGGCGGCGCUGAUCGAGGAGAGGGCAGCAGCAAACGCACUGCAGCAGCGACUGGCGGAGGCUCGCAUCGCCACCACCCUGGAGAGCAAUCGCCAGAAGAUGGAGGAGAAGAUCAAGGCGGCCCAGGAUCGCUGGGAGGCGGCAGAGGCUCGUUCCAGGGCCUUGGAGGCUGCACGUCAGGCGGAGGACGAGGAGAAGCGCCGACGUGACCGGGAGAAGGAGGAGCAGCGCAGGGCCACAUACGAGGACGCGCGGCGGCAGGAGGCGGAGCGCGUGGCGGAGGUGCUGCGCCGCGCCGCCGACAAGGACGCCGACCUGGCGGCGCUGGCGAGGGAGAGGGAGGCCGAGGCGGCGCGCAAGGCCCUGGAGCGGCGCCUGCAGCUCAAGCACAAGGCCGAGGCGGUAGAGCAGAUGAAGCGCCGCGACGCCUUCGAACGUGCCGAGGCGCUGAAGCGCAUCGAGGAGGAAACCUCGCACGCACAGGCCCUGCUGGCGCAGAGGAGCGCGCUCCAGCAACAACGCCGUCAGGCCAACCUGGAUCUGUCGGUCCAGAGGCAGCGUGUGGCGGAGAGCAUGUCCAAGCUGCUGAGCAGCGGCGGCUGGGAAAGGGCCCUGGCCCAGGGGCUGGAUGUCUCGUCCCUGCUGCGCAAGUAG